AUGGAGAAUAUCGAUAGAUUGGGAUCUACUUCAACAAAUUCUGCGGUUGAAGACGGAUUAGGAUCUACAUCAACAGGAUCUACAUCGAUCAAUGAUGGAUCGAUUAUGAAUGAUCUUAGAAAUCCAGGAGGCUCUCUUUUUGAUACGGAUUCAAAUUCGGAUUCAGAGCCAGAAUCAAAUAAUACCGCAGUUGAAGUGUCAUACUUACCUGAUUGUCCAUCCCAGCUAAAGCCUUACAUUGGACAGAUUUUUCUUAGACUUGAUGAUGCUACUGAGUUCUAUAAUAAGUAUGCACGACAUGUUGGGUUUCACACUCGAAUUGGUUAUGUUGUCAAUCAAUUUGAUGAAAUACAUAAUCAUGAUAUGGUGGAGUUACGCCAUAAGCGAUUCAUGAGGCUGAAUCGCAACAUUGACCUAUUGCAUCAGAAAUUUAUACUAGAUUGUGCAAGUGCAAACAUAGGCCCUACACUGACUUUUAAGUUGCUGGAUUAUGUUGGUUGCACGGUUGUAGAAGUUAGAAACUAUAGGCGCGACUUGAGAGCAUAUACUAGUGGGGCAGAUGCACAAAUGGUACUUAAUGAGAUGAGCCGGAAGAAAGAGAAUUGUCCAACAUUCACCUAUGAUUUUGAGGUGAACUCUAAGGAUAUGCUCACUCGUCUUUUCUGGUGUGACCCCAUUGCUAAGAAGAAUUUCCAUCUCUACGGUGAUAUAGUAUCGUUUGACACAACCUAUUCAACUAAUAGGUACUGCAUGAUAUUUGCACCGUUCACAGGAAAAGACAACCAUGGGAGACCUGUAGCAUUUGGUGCAGGCUUAUUAUCUAAAGAAAAUGCUGAUUCCUUCACAUGGUUGUUUGAACGUUUUGUCAAAUGUAUGGGUUCUGCACCAAAAUUGAUCAUUACUGAUCAGGAUUUGGGAAUGAAGGUUGCUGUGGAAAGAGUCCUUGUUGAUACAAGACAUCGAUGGUGCAUGUGGCACAUCAUGUUCAAGGUUGUGGAAAAGUUACCAAAGAAUCUACUUGGCAAUGAAGACUUGAAAAAGGAGUUAAACAAUUGUGUGUGGUCUGAGUUGAUAGAGCCUAAAGAAUUUGAUGAAGAAUGGAAUAAAGUAAUGGAAAAAUAUGGGCUUAAGGACAAUGAGUGGUUUUCCUCGAUGUUUGCCUCACGAAAAUUUUGGGUGCCUGCAUUCUUUAGGGAUUUUCCAAUGAGUUCACUAAUAAAGACCACAUCAAUAUCUGAAUCUCAGAACAUAUUCUUCAAGAGGUACUCCAAGUCUCCCCUCGAGAAGCAUGCUUCGACAAUAUAUAGUGAUAGUGGUUUCAAACUAAUUCAAAGUGAGAUUGAGGAAGCAGUUGAUAAUGUCACUAUGGUGACAGUGUCAAACAUUGGUGAAAAUGAGAUUUAUGUAGUCAAUGACAAGUUCUCGAAGAACUGGACUGUGACAUACUCCACAUCUUUUGAUUCAUAUGGAUGUAGUUGUAAGAUGUUUGGGAGGAUUGGGCUUGUAUGCAGUCACAAUUUUUGGGUCUUGAGAAACAAAAAAAUGAAAUUAAUCCCUAAUGAGUUACAUGGAGGACGCUGGUUGAAGUCUAAAUUUGUCAAGGCUGUGCAUUGUGGGUUUGAUGAUGAUAUUGAAACAUUUAUUGUUGUGGAUGAGACGAAGCAGGAGUAUAGGGAUAUGCAUGGAGAUUUUUAUGAUAUUGCACGGCUUAUUGAAGGAGAUGGUGAUAAAAUUCGAGCAUUUAGACAAAUUAUGGCUGAAGGAAGAAAAGAAGUACUUGGUGAGGGAAAUGUGUUGUCAAUUAGUGAAAAGAGAUUAAUGAUUGAGAAUUUUUAUGGAUCACAUGUCCCUAGUCAAAUAGAUGUUCAUCCGCCAGAUGUCGUCAAAACCAAAGGUUGUGGUCGACGUCUUUCUCGGCUUGAGAAGGAAAUGAGAGAGAUGUCCAAGCCUGGUCGGAAAUGUGGAAAAUGCGGCGAGGUUGGUCGGCAUGAUUCAAGAAAUUGUGAUAAGAUACAGGACGAGAAUAACAAGAAAAAGAGGAGAAACCAAUGUUGA